AUGUAAAAAAGCUCACGGUAAAGAUGGGAAUUGGGAAGUCUUCAAACCAAAUCAACAAUUGAAAUAAUCAUCCUUCAACAAACCUCCGUUCCACAUUAAAUUCUUGUCAUUUUCAAUUGUUCUGAUUAGAUAAAUCUCCAGGCAAGCGAAAGAGACAAAUCUCUCCACCCUUGAAGAUCUAGUUUUUGUUUUUGCUUGGCAGAGACAACCACAAUCGAUUUAGGGUCGCCGUAAAUGGCGUUGACGUGGGGAUCUGCUCUCCGGAUCUCCGUUCUUCUGAUCCUUGUAGCUGCAAUUGUCUUAGCUUUCUAUUUCCUCCCCGUCGAGCAGCUUUUGAGGGAUUUUUUGUUAUGGGUUGAACAAGAUCUAGGGCCUUGGGGACCUCUUGCCCUAGCUGUCGCCUACAUUCCUCUAACAGUUCUGGCUGUUCCUGCCUCUGUUCUAACGAUCGGUGGUGGCUACCUCUUUGGGCUGCCAAUUGGUUUCGUGGCGGACUCGGUGGGAGCUACACUUGGCUCUGGAGCAGCAUUUCUUCUAGGCCGUACGAUUGGAAAACCAUUUGUAGUUGCAAAACUCAAGGACUAUCCUCAGUUUCAAUCAGUGGCUCUCGCUAUUGAGAAAUCCGGUUUCAAGAUUUGCUUGUUGCUCCGGCUUGCUCCUCUUCUCCCAUUCAGCAUGUUGAACUACCUCUUAUCUGUAACUCCAAUUACGCUGGGACCAUACUUGCUUUCUUCUUGGUUAGGAAUGAUGCCAAUAACGCUUGCGUUGGUGUAUGUUGGAACAACUCUAAAAGACCUUUCUGAUGUGACUCACAAGUGGAGCGAGUUAUCUUUCGGUCACUGGGCAUCCUUGAUUCUGAGCCUUGUAGUAUCCGUGAUAUUAAUGGUGUGUGUUACUAAGGUGGCGCAGAACGCUCUAAGAAAAGCUUUAGCAGAACACGGAGGGGACAUGAACGGAGCGGUUGCAGCCUCACCUGAGCUGAACGAUGUGGCUGAUGUUCCGGCUGAUUUAAAUGAGCCGCUCUUGAUAAAGAUAGACUCUCAAUCACAUCAGGACCAUGAAAAUCAGAGAGCCAUGAAAGAAGCUGCUGGUUAGAUUAAGAUUACUUUGUACAAUAAUCUUAUCAUCAUUAACUUACAAACUACAGAACAUAGGUUCACUGGGCAGAAAGAUCAGCUGUUAAUGCACAUACUCUCGAUUCUUGGUUUUUGUAUAAGAACAUAGAUUAAUAAAA